ACAACAACACACAGAACACCGGCAGCGACAGGACAACGGUGGAGAAAACAGCUCGACAACACGGGGAGAAGCAUGACGACAGGAAACCAACAUGAAUCCAACAUGAAGGCAGGAGGUCUGAGGAGACGCCUGUAGCCGCCAGGAGGACAGGUGCAGGAAGAUGUUGCAUCCCUGCAGGCUGCUGCUGUGGCAGGUGGCUCUCAAAGUGUUCUAUCACAUCGUUACAGCCUCAACCAGUCUGUGUCUGGGAGGUUCGGAUAUCUUUGCGUCAGUCAGAGAAAACAGUCCAAUGGGUCACUUCAUCUCGAGCAUCAACAUCGCAGCAGAUCCAGGAGCCAACACCGUCCGACUGUGUCUGAGUGGAGACAACGCCGACUGGUUCUACCUGGACGGAAGAAUCAUCAGACUCAACUCCUCCGUGACCAAAGUCCUUGACCGAGAGGUUCAGGGGUCCAUCCUGGUAGCAGAGCUCAUCUGUUAUGAGGAUGACAUCAUCCAGAGUCGCUACCGGCUCCUGGUGGAGAUCCUCAACGAGAAUGACAACCGACCGAACUUCCUGCAGGAGACAAUUCAGCCGUUCACCGUCAGCGAGCUGAUGGCGGUGAACUCUGUGGUUUUCACCGUGAAGGCGAUCGAUGAAGACGGAGACAUGAUCAGUUACAUCAUUGAUCAGUCAUCGCCAGACGCCUGGUUCUUCAGGGUGGACCUGCCCAACAGCGGAAGCAUCGUUCUGGAUAAAGCUCUGGACUAUGAGACCAGAACUCACCUGAAGAUCAUCCUGUGGGCCCAGGAAUCGAACACUAAGGAGAAGUUCAACACGUCUGCUGUCCUCAACAUCAACAUCAAGGACGGAGACGACCAGUAUCCUCACUUCCUGCCCUGCACACCUGUGUCUCCAGGUGUUCCUGUCUGCAUGAACCCCACCUACACCACCAACAUCACACAGAAACACCAGGACGCGGUUCUGGAGUUUUCUCCAGGACCAAUCAGAGCAGAGGACGGAGACCGAGGGAUUGACGCUCCUCUGAUCUAUUCCAUCCUCUCAGGUGGGGAUCAGGGCCGGUUUGUGAUCAACAACAGGACAGGUGAGGUCAGGUUGACCAGACCGGUGGACGACCGGCGGCAGACGCCAAACUUCACGCUCAACGUCAUGGUAAUGACUACUUCCUGUUUCCUGCCUCAUUCCCAGCAGCAGCCAGGUGUUUACCUGUCCGUCUCCCCUGUCCAGGUGUGCCAGGUGGACGACAGGUUGAAGUACAGCGUGGCGUCGGUUCUGGUCAGAGUUCUGUAUGAGAACACGUUCCCCCCCGUCUUCAACAGAACCACCUUCAAAGGCUUCAUCAUCCAGAGCUCUAGCCCCGCCUCCAUCGUCUCCACCUAUGGGAACAAGGUUCUACAGGUCAGAGCGACGGACCGCGACUUCUCCGAUGGCCUGAAUCCAAACGUCCACUACUCCCUGCAUCCUCCGUCUGGAUUGUACCAAGUCACUCAGGGGGGGGUUCUGAUCGCCAGGACCAACAGACUGAAUGCCUUCGACCGACACAUUCUACAGGUUGUUGCUAGAGACGAAGAAUCAGGAGAAGAAGUUUCAGCCUUGGUGGACGUUGAAGUCCUGCAGAGAGGACAGACGGUUCCUCGUGCUGCGUUCACUGAGCAGCCGUUGUCCGGUUAUGUGGACAGCCGUCUGGCUGGAGGAAUCGUGGCGACGCUCCUUCUGAUGUUUCUUUCUGUCGUCGUGUUUCUGCUGCUUCGAACUGUCCGGAGGGCACAACUUCAGGAACCCGGAGACCGGAGCUCUGUGGGGAAACGUCCGGUGAACCCACCUGGAUUCAUGGACGAGUACAGCACCAGAGCUUUCAGUCGACGCUUCGAGUCUUCUUCUCAGAUGGGAAGUUUUCACGGUCGUCAGGGAGUUUACACCCGCAGACUGUCAUUGGCUGCCACCGGCCAAUCAGCAGACAGAACCAGAACUCAGCUUCCUGCUUCACCUGAACGCUGCCGGUUCCAGCUGGAUCUGUUCACCGUGGCAGAGGCACCUGAACGCCUCACCUGGGAGACGCUGAGGUCACCUGACGGCACAGAAGCCCCGCCUACUGACGACAUCACGGCGGCGAAUGACGAGACGCCUCGGAAAGAUGAGGACCAAUCAGAGGACACGACACCGGAAUCAGAGAAACCUCACUGGAUGAGCCAAUAAGAGAGCAGGAGCAAGUAACACCAGCUAAUCAGAGAGCAGCACCAAACAAAUCAACAUCAUUGACCAAUCAGAGAGGAGGAAUCUACACCGCCUGUCUAAUCAGCCAAUCAGGUCACAGCUAUAUUCAUCAAAUCACGUUUUCUUUGUUUUUAUGCAGAAAAUCAAGUUUUCUGAUGAGUAAAAUAAAUAAAACUCUACAUGAGAUGA